AUGUCGUUUGCCAAAGAGUUCCUGGUGGUUGGUGGCCAAUCUUUGCUUGCAGAAGCUGACGAAACUCCGCCGAUAUCCAAGUUAGGGCGUUGGGAAGAUGCCACCGCGCUAGGCCGUGCUCCACAUACCCUAGCAAGGUCUCUGUGUCGUGGACCACCUCUGUAUAAGGUACGUCCCUGGUGGACACUAUAUAUACCUUCCUGGAUCUACCACAUGACAUCUGUCACCAUGCUCUUACUGACUGUCCUCCCUCUGCUGCUGUCAGCGGUAUCCGCCGGAUACGUCGGCUCCUACGGCGCUCUCUCCUACGCCCCAGCCCCUGUAGUGGCUGCUCCUGCCGUGAGCUACGCUGCCCCAGCCGUAAGCUACCAUGCCCCUGCAGUGAGCUACGCCGCCCCAGUAGUCAAAGCUGCACCUGUAGUCUCCUAUGCUGCCCCUGCUGUGAGCUACGCCGCACCUGCAGUAAGCUACGCUGCACCCGCAGUGAGCUACGCCGCCCCAGUGGUCAAAGCCGCGCCAGUUGUCUCCUAUGCUGCCCCGGUAGUCAAAGCUGCCCCUGUUGUAAGUUACGCUCCUGCCGCCACCUCCUAUUCUAACUCCUACCGAGUUUCUUCUAGCUACGCCCCUGCUUACACUGCAGCCUACCACGCACCCGUAGUCGCCGCCCCUGUAGUCAAGGCAGCUCCGGUCGUUUCCUACGCUGCGCCUGCUGUAAGCUACGCCGCACCUGUAGUCAAAGCUGCCCCCGUAGUCUCAUACGCCGCUCCAGCUGUUAGCUACGCUCCCAGUUACGCCGCAGCCUACCAUGCCCCUGCUGUUAGCUACGCCCCUAGCUACGCUGCUGCAUACCAUGCACCGACUGUCAGCUACGCUCCCAGCUACGCAGCUGCCUACCACGCACCCGCUGUCAGCUACGCUGCCCCCUACGGCUACGCUUCUGCCCUCAAGACUUACAUUCACUAAGUGGUGAAUUCUGUUGUUGAACGACAUUUAUCUCUAGUUGUACAAAUGUUUGUUUGUGAAUAAAUUAUUUAUUUAUUGCAGUUA